CACUAUACAAUGUCCAAAUAAGUUCAUAUUAGCGAUUAAGGGGAUUAUAAGAUUAAUAUUUUAGUGGGUUAAUUUUAAAGCACACGAUUUCUUUAUAAAUUUGAGGUUAUUGGAACCAAUGUGUUAAAACGGAUUACUUUCUUCUGUACAUUUACACGGAAUAUGGGCCAGUAAAAAAUAUGGAAUGUUUUUUUCUUGAUAGAUAGUUUACAAAUUUAUAAAAAAAAACAAUGGACAGAUUCUUUAUUUCUGCGGUUUUGGUGGCCUUUUUCCUUUCGCUAACAGAUUUCAGCCAUGCAGACUAUUGUCUUACUUACUACUCAAACAACAUCAACACCUACUACAUGUAUUGUGCUAAUGGCUGCUGUGGCUACGCACACGACAGGGAAUGCUGCAAAAAGACCAACGCGGGGGCAAUCGCCGGCGGAGUAAUCGGGGCUCUCACCGCUAUCGCUGUCAUCGUAGGAAUCAUCGUAUACUGUCACAUUUCCAAAAAGAAGAAGAAGAAAGAAGAAGAGGAGAUUGAUGAAGGCUUUGAUUUUAAUAUGAAUCCAAACCAUCCUUACAUGGGAUAUGGAUUACCCCCUGCAGGUGAGCCAGAGCCAGAGUACCUGAACCAUGGAUUUCCCGGGGCCCCACUGGGACCACCGCCCGCCUACGACCACCCACCACCCGCGCCUAUCGGAGCCAGGGGAGGGCCGGGCGAUCUACCACCGCCGAUGCCCAACACAGAACACAUGUGAAGACAACA